UUCAGCCCAACGUCUCAUGCAAUCUCCUCCCAUCAGCUGAAACAUCUGAUUCAGAGGAGCAGUACUAUAGUAGCAAAGGAUGCUGCGAGGGGCAGAGAGGCAGACAUCGUCUGGGAAGAGAGAAUUUUAGGCAAUGGCCUAGCUGAUUGAGUCAACCACCUGGUAAACUGAUCCCUGCUUUCCAACAUCCAUUGGAGCUUGCUUGUACGAGAGAGAACCACCAUGGACCAGAUGGUAAAGAGAGUAAGAGUGGAAAAAAUAGCGUAGACAUGGUCUGAUGCCCAUCAAAUGAAAGAAAGGAUAGAUGGAUAAGCACAACAACAAGAACAUGACGAGGAAAAUCGUUGCAAGUGCAAGUGGGGUCAUAUCCAAGCACGGCAACACGGGUAUGGGUGAUGUGCGGCAGUAUGGGAUCUUUUGUGCUGGCUGGGAUGGAAGUUCAGUAGAAAACAAAAUACCCAAGUCGCUCAUGAGGUUAUGCUGAAUUGUGUAAUUUUUGCAAAACUGAAAUUACAUAUAAACUGUACAAGUUAUUUCCACGCUAAUCUUCAUUUCAUUUUGAACCCAUAAAUCAUUUCAAUCCAGGCUUUCAAGCUAAAUGAGGUCUUCCCUCCCCACAAUUCCCUCAAACCAGAUCCACCCUUUAUGGCAGUAAGGCAACGGGUACAGUAACAGGGCAACAAGUACAACGUUCAUGGCGGUGAAAGAGGCGACGUGGCAAAAUCUAAGUGGCUCACAGCGUAGACGGCUCAGAUUUAUUCUCAAACCUCGCCAAAAGUCACUCGUCAGCCUCUUGUACACGCGUCACUUUCAUGCACCGUAUUGCAGAGGACAGAAAUUGCUCGACUGACUUUAUGCAUGUUUCUGUAUCUGCUAUGCUAGCUGCAGAGAGACGCAUUACUUGUGGCCUAAGGCAUAGUGUAUAAAUGCUGCCCAAUAGAUUCCUUGGCGCCUAUUUCUAAAUCAAGAGCUCUCUGACACGAGCACUUGCAGAGCGAGACAGGAACGGUCGGGGAAGAGUGAAGCUAAGGUUUCGUGUUGGUAUUGAUACCGAUAUUCGAAAUGCAGAAGCUAGGACUCACCAGCUCGAAGAGUCUGGACAAAUUCAAAUCACUGUAUGGUCCCGCAUCCGGAACUGCGAAGGCUUCGUCGUUCACUUCUCGUCCUUCCGCAGAUGCCAUCUCAUUGGGAAGUUUUGCGAAUCUGAAGCUCACCGCAGAGAAACUUGUGAAAGAGCAAGCUUCGGCGAGGACUGAUCUGGAAAUGGCGAAUACUAAACUAAAGAAGUCCCUGGAGCAUGUUCAUGCUCUAGAAGAAAAACUUCAGAAUGCUUUUAACGAAAAUGCCAAACUCAAGGUCAAGCAGAAAGAAGAUGAAAAACUUUGGAAAGGAUUGGAGUCUAAAUUCUCAUCAACGAAGACAUUGUGUGAUCAACUUACUGAGACUCUGCAGCAGCUAUCAGGUCUAGUUCAGUCCGCUGAGAAAGAUAAGGAGAUAUUGGAAAUUAAACUUUCAGCAAGUUCAGAGGCUCUUGGUAGUUUGAAUAAGCAUAUGGAUGAUCUGUCUCUGAAGCUAGAUUCUGCAGAGGAAACAAUUAGAACUCGUGACAAGGAGAUAGAAGAGCUCAAAUCUGAGUCAGUGGCAAAGGACGAGAUUCAUAGAGAUGAUCAGGCUAGAUCUGCCAAUCUCUUAAAGCAGAAAGAUAGUAUGAUCAAGAGUUUAGAUGAAACUUUAGCAGCUAGUAAAAUGGCUUCAGAGAGUCUGAAUUCAAAGUUGGGAGAGGCGCAACUUCAGUUAGAAGUCAAAGAAGAUGAAAUUACUCAUCACAUCACCACUGGGGAAAAACUGAAGAAAGAAAUGGGUGAUCUUCAAUUGUAUAACGCUGAGAUUACUAAAAAGCUUGACAUGUCACUUCAGAAAAUCAAAGACCUUGAUGAAUUGGUUCAAGCCCUGACUGCAAAUGUGGUUGGAUUAGACAAAGAAAGCUUGAACCUUUUGAGCAAGUUUGAUGAACUAAAUUGUCUGUAUGAUUCUUACUUCCAUUUGGUCCAGCAUGAACGAGAUGCCUUAUCUAAGCAUGCUCAAGCUCAAUAUGAUGAGCUUCAUAAUAAAUUCAUGAUCUUGAGAUCAGAAAAAGGUGCAAUUCAAUUGAAAAAUCAUGAGUUAAACGAUAAAGUGACUGAACUUCAGGAAGUCCUGGAAUCAAUGGCAACCCAGCAUGAAGAUGAAUACCGAUUAGCUGCUGAAAGAAUUCAGUGUCUGGAGUCAGAAGCUCAAACCUUAAUCUCAAACAAGGAAGAAGCUGAGCUAUCAAUUUCCAAAUUAGAGGAGAAAGUUGAAUUUUUUUCAGAAAGUUCUAGAUCAUUAGAGAACCAGAUGCAAGGUUUAUUGCUGAAGUUUUCAGCCUUAGAAAAUGAAAGCAAAGAAAAUUCAGACAGAUUGCAGGAAGAAAUAUUGAAGAAAUCAAAGGAAAUAGAUAGUUUGAAAAAGGAAGUGGUAAAACUUGAGCAGCAUGCAGAUUUUCUGGAGAAACAAGUAGGUGAAGUUAAUAAUGUCUUGGAGGACAAGGAACGGCUUAUUUUGUGGUACAAGGAGCAAGAAAAGAAGCUGGAAGAUCAGAUCACAGAGAACCGGACAUCAUUGGCUGCUAUUGAAAAUAAACUUUUAGAAGCUAAGAAGCAGUAUGAUCUAAUGGUAGAGAGCAAGCAGUCAGAAUUAUCGAGGCAUUUGAAAGAGAUUUCUCAGAGAAAUGAUCAGGCUAUUAAUGACAUUAAGAGGAGGUACGAGUUGGAGAAGAUGGAAAUUGCCAACAUGGAAAAAGACAAGGCUGACAAGGCUAUUGCAGAAAUAGAGGGAAAAUGUGACCAAAAACUUGCAGAUUGCAAAGAAGAGUCAAGCCAACGGUUGAUGCGCAUUCAGGAGGAGCACGCUUCACUGGUUAGUCAGAUACAGCAGGAGCACAACAAGAAGCAACAAGAUCUUAUAGCUGAACACAGUGAGAAGCUAAAGCAUGUCCAACUGCAAGCUGAAAAUGAAAUGAGAGAGAAAACAUUGUUCCUGAGGAAUGAACAAGAAGCUCAGAUGAAAUCAUUGAGGUGUGAACUUGAAGAUGAGUGUCAGAAGCUGCAAGAGGAGUUGCAUAUCCAAAAAUCAAAAGAAGAUAGGCAAAGAGCUUUAUUGCAAUUGCAGUGGAAAGUGAUGAGUGACAAACCAAAAGAAGACCAAGAAGUGAAUUCAAAACAGGAUUACCCUGCUCCCUCAAUUAAGAGGAGGAGCUCUCGUGGUGGCCAACAUAGUCAACAAGCCUUAGACUCUCCUUUCCUUGAAGUAAGACAAACACCAGUCUCAAAAUUGUUACACAAAGUGGAGAAUGCUAAGGCAGGAAGUACGAUGAGCAUUCCUCAGCAUCACAGAAAGGUGACUCACCAUGAAUAUGAAGUUGAGACUUCCAAUGGAAGAACCGUUACAAAGCGAAGAAAAACAAGAAGUACUGUCAUGUUUGAGGAUCCAAGAAAGCAUAAGAUUAAAACACCAAAAGCAAACAUGCCUGGAAGUUUUGUCAAGGGCACGAAGGGAGGAGGACAUGUUCCUCCUUCAAAUAUUGGUGAUUUGUUUUCAGAAGGUUCUCUAAAUCCCUAUGCGGAUGACCCCUAUGCAUUUGAUUAGAGGCUUUCAACAGAUGCACCUAACCAAAUGUUAGGUCCCUCAUUCUCUGUAGUACGAAGCAGCUUGUCCCCGCGAUUGGUUUACUUUUAAACUUGAUGCGUCUCUCACAAUCUUCAGUUCUAAAUUGUAUGGCAUCUGUUUCAUGAGGUGAUUGUAUUUUUGCUGAUUACCAACUAUGAUGGGUUAGUUCUUCGGAUGUCAGCUGCGUUUAAUCCACAUUUUGAUUGGACGGUUGGAGUGAAAUAUUUACCAUUCUCCCUUUAGAUUGAGUGAGAAUUGAGUUUCUCAUGAAAACGAAUGUCCCUGGAUUUGAUAUGGCUCGUAUUCUAUAUCAAUUUCUGAGCUUUGCCUCCACUGAAUACAUGUGAAUGUACAGUGACCCGUAUUCAAAUGAAGCACGUUUUCCGGAA